GUUCUCAUGAGGAAAGUCUUAAAAAAGUACUUGGAAAAAACCCUUUUUCAAAGACGGACAUAUCAGUAGCUUUGGCUGAACACCUCUUAGGAAAGCUUUCAUCUGACUGUACAUAUGUCAUUGAUCACAAAUUAGCAACAGGAAAAGGAACAUGCAAAUGUGGAUGUGAAAAACUGCCACAUUUCGGAAAUACAGGCAUUGGUCAUGAAGCUGUAUGGCAUGGACAUAUAGAUGUUGUCUUCUCAUCUCAUCUUGACCAACCUCCCUCAGACAUAGCUAUAAAAACUAUUGGUAAAUGUGAACCAGAGUUGCCUGUAAAGGAAGAUGAUGAGGAAGAAACCUGUUGCUCACCUCCUGAAAAAAAGAGAAAAGAAGGUAAUUUGGAAGAAACCAAAGAAUCUACUGGUGGGAAAUCUAUUGCCGAAGUGAAACAUUCACCAUUAGAUGGUGUAAGAAAACAGACAAUUGCACAAACAAUUGUCUCUUCCCUACUCCAAAAGCAGAACCAUCCUGAUUUGAAAAAUUUCCUUGUUCCAAAUAUUUUGAUUUCUCCAGAAGAGAUACAAAUAAUAAUGUAUGAUGCAAAAAAUGAUGUGCUACUCUGCAGUAACGUGAUUAAAUUAUUUAUCUGUAAUGAAUUUUGCCUGGGGACGGUCAUCAUACUUUGGAUGGUUCUUCAUUAUCGGAUGUUCUGCAGUGGGCUUCUUAUUGACAAUCUUCCAAUGCUUGAUGAGUACAAAUCUCAUUUUAAAGAACUCACACAGGCAAAAUGGAACAUAUAUUCAAAUUUAUUGAAAGGUCGUGUUUCUAAUUUUCCAGUGAUUGAAUAUGAAGGGCUUGACUUUAAUGUGGAUUUUUUUUUCUGUGCCAAAAAUGUACUUGAUAAUGAAGAACAGGUUUAAACCAAAGGUUCAACAAGCUUUUAUGAUUAAAAAUUUUCUUUUGUUGUUUGUUGAAUUAGCUUAAAUACACCUUGCUGUGUUUGAAAGCUAAUUUCUGAAAUGCUUGUAAAAUGACCUUAAAAAAUUACAAUAC